AUGCUCCCGGCGCGGCACCUGUCUCAGCGUACUGCGUUCGAUGACAGGAAGCCGCUGCCAGCACCGAAAAAUCGCACACGCAGGAACAUUCAUUGGCCUCGUAAGUCCAAGGGCCCAACAUCAGACGAUGCCCGCGAUGCUACUCCAUUACGAAGUCCCGAAGUGGAGGAGCCUUCCCUGGUAGAGCAGCUUUUCCCAGAGAUCUCGAAACGCAAUGAGGAGCCGGAAGCCUCGCGGGAGGUGCCUCGUGUGCCACUGCCGAAAGUAAAUCCAGAUGCUACAGCACAACCAAGACCAACGCCCAGCAAAUCGAAUCGUACAGAUAGAUCAUGGGGAGCUCAGCAGCUGGAAGCCGAGAUGGCAGCCGCUGGACCUGGAACUUCGGUAUUAGUCCUAAGAAAUGCAAGCCCGAACCUCACAGAGGAAGACUUUCGACGUCUUGUACCUCAAGGCCGACAUCUGGAAGGCUGGAGACUGGAACAGGGCGACAUCCUCAAAGUCAUUCCUGGUCGAGACCUCGCCAGUCUUGAACAGCAGAACACCUACUAUCUACUCUUCUCCUCGGCACUCAACGCCUUCACGUAUCAAGGUCACGUCCAGCGCAUUCACAAUCUGGCAGCCGUGCAUACGCCAACCUCGACGAGUUCUCCUAUACCGCCACCGCCGGGAUACAUGAUUGAGGGCCUGGAUGCUCAUGCAGCAAUCGAAGCGUACACUCUUGUGCCACCCACGCAAAAGCUGGAGCUCAGACAACUCAAGCCACCACUCUCGCCAGUCAUGCAAUCGCUUGUGAGCAAUCAGGGCUGGAAGAGCAUCAACUCUCGCCAAGACAAGAUGCCAUUUGAAGUUCGACUUGCGAUGGAAGGCCCACAAUUAGGCCCAUCAGUAGUACGUCAUAUUCUAAUGGAAACCGGCAGAGCGAGAGGACUCAGCUGGAACGGCGGCGAAGAGCUCAACAUGAAAGUCACCAGAUGGACACCUCAGUUAAUGCCAUCCCCGAUCCAGAAUGAUGAAAAUGCAUUAAACGCUUUGAAGGACCGCACCGAGGAGGAGCAGAUGAGGAUUGAUGUCAUGCGACACACUCAAUCAUCACAAGAUCCGAAGUACGCUGAACUGAAGCGAAGAACGCCCCCGGAGGUGUAUAUUCUGGGGUUUCAUACUGAGCGGGCGGCCCAGAGCUUCGUGACUUAUUGGCACCGACGGCCGCUUGAGAUGGACCAGCCCGAGGAUGCUGCUGAAUGGGAUACGUCGCCUGUGGUGAAUGUGUCGAUGCUGUGGUAG